AUGAGAUUUGAAGUGAACGGCUUCUGUGGCCGACCGGAGCGUCCGAUCCGAUCGCGUCUAAUGCCAGACAAAUCUCAUACAACAAUACAUAAGAGACAAUGUGCAUAUGACAUGAGAUGGAAGGGCACAUAUCCUUCAUGUGUACCUAAAACGGUGUGUCCCAUACCUGAAGGUGAAGACAAUCAAAUCAAUCCCGAGUUUACAACUGUUCGCUUCAAUGAUGUAUUUUAUUUCAAUCAAACUAAAUGGUAUGCCAUCGACGGCACGACUGUUCACUACCAGUGCAAUAGUCCUCAAACCGAAGUUUUGUUAGGAGAUGCCAUACAUGUCUGCAAAGAUGGGCAAUGGAUUGGAACUCAACCAAAUUGUUUCGAUUUGUCUGAUUUGAAAGUCAGAAAAGUGAAGAAUAGGGCUUCAGAUGUGGAAGAAUUGACUGAAAACAAAUAAUUUCAGCGUUUUAUAUAUCAUGAAAUUACAAACAAUUUAAGCAUUAAUUCAAACAACAGAUGAUUACAUUUUUAAUGACAUUUUGCAUUAUUUUUUAUAUACAAAUGUAGAAAUGCGUCAACAGAUAAGGAUUUCCCACAAUUGAGAC